AUGCCUUCCUCUGCCCCAACAGGCUUCCUUGAUCUCAUUGAAGAAGAGAAAAUCCCAGAGAAAGAUCCCAGUUUGCCGUUCACUGCUGGAAAAAUAAGGAAGCUGAUCUUGGUGGCUGUGAUCCUUCUGCUGGUGAUCACAGUCGACACAAAUGGAUUCCAGUUUGGAGAUAUCAUUUCUUUCAAACCCAAGUGUAAGAUAGGAAUUUACUACCAGCACUAUGCUGUCUACGUGGGCGACAGACAACUCCCUGGUAAAAAAGACGGGCAGAACAUAUUUGAACGCAGAGACGAAAAGCCUUCCUGUGUUUUCUCUACACUGAACAUGACUGAGGAGCCUGAGGUGUUCAAUUACCUCGAUGGAUACAAGGACAAGGAGUACAAGGCAGGAACUGAGGAAGAAAUGACCGCGCGCAUCAACGAACGAAAAGCCAACUGUGGGAAGUAUUAUGUCUUGACCAACAACUGUGAACACCUUGCUACCUAUGUGCGUUACGGAGUGAAGGUAGCACUGCAGUUCAACAUGACUGGUCAAAAUGGUUGCAUUAACAAAGACGACCUAUUGAAAAUCAAAUCAAAACAAAUGCUGGAGUACGUAAGGGGAAGUAUGAGAGCGUGCCUCAACAAGCCCAGCAGUUCCAACGGCUAAGAAGUACUCCAUCAAUCAGCCCUCUAAGCCUCUCUUGCUCUCUUCUGCUCUGUCCUGAUGUGACAUGUUGUGUUAUUUGAAAUAAAAACAAUGAGCAAGUG